CUAUCAUCCUUUGAAGUUUCUGGAUUAUACAUAUUAACGUCAGGGCCCAAAUCUGUCCUGAACAAAUGGCGUCCAAUUUUUGGACAUCUACGCAAUACCGUCUCACACAAGAGUACAAUGCUGUAAAAGAGGGCCCUAUCAUAGACGACCCACACGAAAAAGAGAAGACAAUCAUUACAAGCGAAGAGCGAAAAAAACUGUUGAUUUUUUACGUGGAUUAUAUCAAGGAGUUGGCUAAAAGAACCAAUUUGCGUCAACGUGUGAGCGCUACUGCAGGAGUGUAUUUUCACAGAUUUUAUAGAAGGCGAAGUUUUUGUGAUAUAGAACCUUUUCUGCUUGCAGGAACAGCUUUGUAUCUAGCGAGUAAAGUAGAAGAAUCACCUUUGAGAUUGUCUUUACUCAUUGAAAAAAUGCACACUUAUGCCAAUCAUUUUAUGUACACGUAUACUCAGUCAGACAUAACCAACUGCGAGUUUUACCUCCUCGAGGCACUCAAUUGUAAGCUCAUUGUGUUUCAUCCAUACCGCGGUCUCAUAGCGUACGCCAAAGAUGCAAAGCUUUCGAGUGAUGACAUCGAAUGCGCCUGGCACCUUGCAAAUGAUUCCUAUAACACAGACUUAUUAUUGCGUUAUCCUCCAUACAAAAUUGCCUUAACCUGUAUAUUCAUUGCGAGCGUGGUGAGAAAAAUUGACAAUAUUCACUCAUGGUUCUGCCAAUUAAGUGACCAAGAUUUGCAGUCAAUUUGUCAAAUUUCGGCUGACCUGCAAAAAAAUAUCGAUAAGUGUAGAUCGAAUAGGGUUCGGAUAGGUCCCUCAUCAACGAUACAAUCCAAGAAAGUUGAGAUUCAGUUGUAUAUGAUAUAUACUUGA